AUGGCCUACGUCGCUACUCCUCAGUCGACUCCCAUGUCCUUCGCUCCCCCAAUUUCCUCUGAUGCCCUGAUGUCCUUCUCUCAGGACAUCUCCAAAUCCAUCAUGGCCGGCAACAAAUCUUCCAAGAAGCUCGAGGACGGCAUGCCUCCCGCUCCUCCUCCCUCGCCCAUCUCCUUCGCCGUCGACAGCAAUGGCAAAGCGUCAAAUAUCAAGCAUGAGAAAAUCCCAAGUCUCAGCCUUGAGUAA